AUGGAUAUCAGGGAUGGUGUCCGGCGGCGAGGGGGCGAGAUUAGGCGCGGGGAGGAGCUAUUCGGAGGGCGAGUAUCGAGCGGCGCCGGGGAGGAGGGGCCGGGUGCUCCUAGAGGAGGAGGCCGUCUUUGCGAGAGGGACGCCGUGCUCGUAGGGACGCGGCUGGCUUUUAGAGGACACAGUGGUGGAGGACACCAUCUUGUAGAUGAGUCGGAUGAGGCCGAUCCCAUUCCAGAGGGCGUUCACGGUCUAGUCCAUCCGCAGCCGUUCCAGGCCGGUGGCAGCUCACCUGGGGACUCACCUACGUUUACGCCGGCGCUCUUACUUGCUGAGAUACCUGGGUCUUCAUCACAGCCGAGCCAGAAUGCAUACAUGGAGGAGCGUGAUAACGUUGAUUGGGCGGCGUUACGCGCUUCAUUAGCUGAUGAGCGGCCUGUGAGGAAUUUAGAGGGAGCCAGGAUUCUUGACUUUGAUGAGUUUUUUAUCCCGGAUUCGGCGCCAGUAGGUCCACCAGAGCGACCCACUCAGGUGUUUUCUCAUUGGUCUGCCGAGCCAGCGGUGUCUUCCCAUAUGACUACCGAGGCACAGGAUUCGGCGCCAGUGGGUCCACAGGAGCGACCCAUUCAGGAGCAUUCUCAUCAGCCUGCCGAGGCAGAGGUGUCUUCUCAUGAGACUACCGAGGCGCAUCAUCUCGUCCAGGAGACUACCUCGUAUUCACCACCACACCCAUCUCGGGAGCCUACGGACCUAUCUCGGGGAGCCUACUCGGGCGCCUUUGACACACGGGUUCAUCCUUCGGCGCCCACGGUGGCAACUCCUGACGAGGAAGAGUCUGAGUUUCCAGACCCAGGUCAUCAUGAGCUGAGGUUUCUCGAAACACCAAAAUACAAGUUAUUUGGAAAGUCAUUUUUCAACUUGAAAAGCACUGCUGGGAAUCCAGAAAUAACUGUUGGAAGCCACAGCCACUAUUGA